AUGGAGGCCGUACUCGACUUCCUGCUGAUGCCCUUAUUGGGCCUAGUUUCUGCCGCCUUAUGCAUCGGCAUCCUCUUCUGCCUCAAUCACAUCGCGAAUGGCGGGUUGCGGGGAAAUGGUGGCUACGCUUUUGAGGGGCUGGUGAACGUGCCCUCUUCCACUCUGGACACAGAUGCGCCCCGGGCGGAGUUGAUUCGACGGAGGAACAUGCACAAGGCACAGCUGCAGCAGCAAGAGGACACGGGCUUGUUCACACCCCCGUUCGUCCCGCCUGCGCCGUACCAUCCUCGCCGGCUCUCGAUGAUGCACAUCAUCAAGACGCCGCCUUCGCCCAGCGCCACCUUCCUCCCCGCCAUCUCUCCCUCUUCGCCCGCGCCCUCUGCUCUCGCGCAGAUCCAGCGCUGGCCGCUGGUGGCCAUGCGCCGCGCGGAAGCCCGGGACUCAAUGGAGUUCGUCACCACCACUUCGCCCAACAUCCCGGUCCUCAUGCAGGGCGGCGGCCGCAACGUGCAUUCGCAGGCCCCAGGCCGAGUGCCGUCGCCUUCGUUCAAUCCCGUGCGAGCUACGGCCCGCACUUUCAGCGAGGAGCCUUCCCUUCAAGCAAUCCCACAGCCGUUACCGGCAAGCGAGGUGCCAUCGCCCGGUGUUGUGGCCGACGACAACAACCCACCUGCUGCUGCACUCGAUCAGCACCAGGCCGGUGCUCCACCUGCGCCUCCGCCGCCGGCUCCGGAAGCUCGUGUGGAGGUCUCUACCGAGAAUGCAUCCCUCGCCGAGCUCAUCGCCGUGAUGGCGAGGAGCAAGAAGCUGGUGAUCGGUCCUGUCGGUAACAACGGAGAAACUCGAACGCCAUCGAGGAUCCUGCUGAAGCGAGCGUCGGACCAGUCACCAAUGACCAGAACGCCAACCACAGACCCGGGCUCUGCCAAGCGUCGCAGGGUUGAGGGAGCCGAAGGGGCAGAGAGUGAAACGGAGGACAGUCAGCCGCGUAAGCGCGUGCACACGCCGAUGCCCAAGGACAAGGCAGUUCCGUCUUCGGCGCAAAGGAAGCGCAAGCCCGAAUCCAUUUCCUCCGCCACGCGCUCGCAAACCCCAAGCAGCAGCAGCAGCAGCAAGAAGCCGGCAUCACAGAAGUCCGAGCCGGAGGCCAAGAAGUCCCGAGGCGCGCAACAGAAGUCGAGCCCUCCGACGGCCGUGAGGGAGGACGGCGAGGCACCGCGCAGGAAGAAGAACAUCUUAGAGCGCGUGUUGGCCGUCUAUCCGCCAUCCCUGCCUCCGCCUGCAGCCGCCACGCUCGUACGAUACGAAGAGAGCACCAUGCCCAUGGACGCUCAGCAAACGUCCGCGAACGUGCUGAUGAUGGCGUCCACGCCCAUGGUGCCGCCACUUCCCAUGGGUCCGCCGCCGCCGGUUGUGGCGAUGACCAUGUCUUCGCCCGUGUCGCCGUCUCUGCUCCUCGAGCAACUGUCGCCUCGCGGCGGCGCCUCGGCGGAUCGGCCGCUCAGCCCACGAGGACGAGCCCCUCUCGCCUCCAGCUCACAGGAGAGGAAGGACAUGCUCAACGGCCGGAAGCGACGUACGGUGUCGUUCGACGAGCAGCAGCUGCUCCAGGUGGUCCAGCAGGAAGACGAGCGGAAGCGGAAGCUCAUGCGCGAACUGGAGCAGGAGGAGCUGGCCGACAAGAAGGCCAACAAGCGGGUCGGCAAGCUGCUCCAAGCAGCCACCCCCAAGAAGAGGGUGCAGAUCAACAUGGAGGCGUCGGUGAUUAAGUUCGACAGCUUUGCGCCGCCAUCGGACUCGGCAGCGGCCAAGGGCAAACCGGAGGAGCAACAGAAGUCCGGCGACCUGGCGGGGAGCGGCAUCACCAACGUCACGUUCGACUCAUCAUCGACCUCGCUCUUCGCUUCGACGAACUGGGAGUGGGACUCCCCGGCCUCGUCCAGCGACAAGAAGGAGCCCAAGCCCACGAAGCGGCGCGAGAAGCGGGGCCGGGCCGGCAGCGACUCGUCAUCCCCGGGUUCGUCGACGCUCGUCUCCUCUGCGGAUCUGCCCUCGGACAUGCCGCUGCCCAUCCUCUUCUCCUCCGACACUUCGUCUUCCUCGUCGUCGCGAUCGACCGCGGCCUCGGCCGGCGGGUCGUCGGUCGCUUCGUUCUUCAGCGGGGACGCGGCGUCGCCGUUCGACUCGUUCCUGUCCUCGGCCUCGUCGGCCUCCUCGUCGGCUUCGGCCAACGAUCCGUUCUUCUCGCCGACUCCCGCAGCGGCCGCCAGAGACAGCUCCGCGACGACCACAUCGUCGGACGCCCUCGCCAGCCUCUUCGGCCCCGGCGCGAUCACGAACACUUCGGCAGCGGUGGCCGCAGCGGCAUCGCCCUCGAGGCGGAGGCGAUCGACCAGCGCGUCCGAGUCCGACGCCUACUCGUUCCUCUCCCCUGCGUCGUCGGCAUCGGCAUCAUCGUCGUCGGCGCCGUCGGUGUCCUUCAACCCCGGCUCGCUGUUUGGACCCUCGUCGACGACGCCCACCAGUGACUCAGCCAAGCCGGCCGACGCGGGCUUGGGAUCGAUCUUCGGCCCGCCGUUAUCUUCGACCUCUUCGUCGUCGUCGUCAUCGACAUCGUCGUCGGCCUCGGCCCGCGGCGGGUUCAAGCCGCCGCUGUUCCGCGAGGCCUCGUCGGUGUCCAUUUUCAACGACGUGCCCGGCAAGCGGACCCCGCUGACCAAGCCCAGCGCCGCCCGGGACCAGUCGCUCGACUCGCAGCGCGGCCAGCUGAUGGCGUCGAGCGGCAGCGCCUUUGUAAAUAGGUCGGCGUCGCCCUCGCCCUCGCGGCCCUCACCGUCCUCAUCCUCCUCCUCCUCCUCCUCCUUCAAUCCGGGCUCCCUCUUCGGUCCACCGUCGACUUCCUCCUCCGCGUCCGCCCCGGGCGACAUCUUCUCCUUCUCCGUUGCACCGUCGUCGGGGUCUUCGUCGAUCUUCGACCCCACGGCCUCCUCCACUUCUUUCGAGUUCCCGACCGAGUACCGAUCCGGCACCGGCGGCGGCGCUGAGGACCAGACGCCCGGCGACGAAGACGAGGAGGACCAGUACGACGACGACCAGGAGGAGGAGGGCGAAGAAGAGUACGACGACGAGGAGGAGUUCCCGCAGCCGGAGGAAGAAGAGAGCCACAACAUCGUGUGGUACCCGCCCGAGUCGACCGUGCCCCUCGAGGAGCGCGUCAAGAGCCGGCCCUUCAACCGGCAAGGAGGUACUCGGGCGGAGACGAUGGUGGCGGUGGCGGUGGCGGCCGAGGCGGCAGACAACAGCAGCAGCAGCAGCAGCGAGGAGGGCGAGGCGGCGGCGGUCAGGGUCGGGGCCAGGGCCAGGGCAGCUGGAGGGGCGGAGGCAGAGGACAACCGAGAGGCGGCGCUUCCAGCAGAGGAGGCCCGCCUUCCAGCGGCGGAGGCGGACAGGCCAGAGGCGGCGGUAGCAGUGGUGGCGGUGGCGGCGGCAGAGAGCGCAGACCACGAACCGACGCACGAACCGAGCGCGGCGGAGGCGGCGGCGCGAGGGGUGGAAGCCGUGGCCGAGGCGGCGGUGGACAGUCGAGAGGCGGACGUGGAGGCGGUCGAGGACAGGGCGAGGGCGGCGGUGGUGGUCGAGGCAGAGCUACCACCUCUGAAGCCUGCCCUUGGUAGUGCCCCCUCUUCUACUUGUACCCUCGUCGCUACGCUUAUUUAA